AUACAGACAGGCCUGCGGUAAACACCUCUGGGGAACCCGUGGCAUCUGGGAGCCCAGGAUGAGGCUGUUCCCAUGGCUGGUUUUCCUGGCCCACUGGGGAGUCACCACGGCUGAAACAGGGAAGUUCUGGCACAUCUCUGACUUACACCUCGACCCCAACUACACAGUGACCAAAGAUCCGCUCCAGGUGUGCCCAUCAGCCGGCUCCCAGCCCGUGCCCAGUGCGGGGCCCUGGGGUGAUUAUCUCUGUGACUCUCCCUGGACCCUCAUCAACUCCUCCAUCUAUGCCAUGAAGGAGAUUGAGCCGAAGCCAGACUUCAUUCUCUGGACAGGGGAUGACACACCUCAUGUGCCCAACGAGAGCCUGGGAGAGGAGGCGGUGCUGAGGAUUGUGCAGCUCCUGACCACCCUCAUCAGGGAGGUGUUUCCGGACACUAAAGUCUAUGCUGCUUUGGGAAACCACGACUUUCACCCUAAAAACCAGUUCCCAGCAGGGAGCAACAAUAUCUACAAUCAAGUAGCAGAACUAUGGCGACCGUGGCUUAGUAAUGAAUCCAUUGCUCUCUUCAAAAAAGGUGCCUUCUAUUCUGAGAAGCUGCCGGGUCUCAGCAGGGCAGGGAGAGUUGUGGUUCUCAAUACCAAUCUAUACUACAGCAACAACCAACAGACAGCCGGCAUGGCUGACCCGGCCCGGCAGUUCCAGUGGCUGGAAGAGGUGUUGAGCAAUGCAUCCCAAGCUGGGGAGAUGGUGUACAUUAUUGGCCACGUGCCUCCAGGCUUCUUUGAGAAGACACGGAACAAGGCCUGGUUCCGGGAGGACUUCAAUGUGGCCUACCUGCAGCUGGUCCGCAGGUUCCACCGCGUCAUAGCUGCACAGUUCUUUGGGCACCACCACACCGACAGCUUUCGGAUGUUCUAUGAUGAUGCAGGUGCUCCCGUGAGCGUCAUGUUCCUCACACCCGGGGUCACUCCGUGGAAAACCACGUUACCUGGAGUUGUCAAUGGGGCCAACAAUCCAGGCAUCCGGGUGAUCGAGUACGACCGAGACACACUAAAUGUGCAGGUCAGGAGCCUGGGUCCCCUGGGGCCAGAGAAGAAGGGAAGGAGCUAA